AUGUGUGGUAAAAAUAAAGGAGUGGUUGCACUUGUUUCAAAGGCUGUAGAAAAUGAUGGUGGUUUAAAACCAUUAGACUUACAUUGUAUCAUUCAUCAACAGUCCUUGUGCGGAAAAGGUUAUGUUCUUAAACCAGUCAUAUCAGUUGUUAAUUUCAUCAGAUCCACUCGGCUAAUUCACAGACAAUUCCGCAAGUUUAUUGAAGAGAUGGGAGAAAAUGAACCAUAUCAAACUGCCGUACUCUGGAUUAGUUGCGGAAAAGUCCUUCAGCACUUUUUUGAACUUCGAGCAAUGAUCGAAAUUUUUUUAAAUAAAAAGCAUUGCCCUUUUACGGAACUACUAAAUAGCGAACUGAAUUUGAGAUUGCAAGGAUAA